AUGUCCAAGGUUCCAGCGGAUCCUCUUGCCUUUGAUCCAGCAAAUCUGACGCCUGAACCGCCGCCCACGCCAAGCACCCCUGCGCCGAAACCACGUGCUGCAGAAGAAGCCGGCGGAAUUCCGACCAUGGACCCACAGGUUACACUCCAGUUGCUCAACGACCAGGAGAUUGCAGAUGCCGCCAAAGAUCCGGAGGGCAUGGCCAUCAUUCAAGAUGUCAUCAUGAAUCCUUCCAAUCUGGAGCUGCACAAGCAGAACCCAAGGGUUGCAAAACUGGUUGCCAAGUUGGAGUCGUGGCCGCAUGCCGUGACAUGCUCUUACCCAUGCAUGCAGUGCCCUCGGGUUCAAAUUAAAUAUGACAAAGCUUCCUGA